AGAAAAAAAAAAAAUAAAAGCUGUUCUUAUUUUUUUUCCUUCUGAAUUUCCUAGCCAAGUACAAUGCCCAGAAACUUUUGGAAAGCAGUUGCCGUGGCUGUGGUGGGAAUGAGAUCCCGAAAUCAAGGAGGUGAAAGCUCAUCAAAUGGGCAUUUGUCCUACCCUCAACCCUCUACCCUCACCAUUGCUGAAGAUAAAAACCAUCCAGAAGAUGCAAAGAAAAAGAAAAAAGCAAAUAAAAAGGAGAGUGAUGUCAUGGUCUCAGCUACUGUCAAACGACACUUGAAAACAUCUGGAGAAAGAGAAGAAGGGAACAAGAAAUCUCUAGAGUUAUCCAAAGAAGAUCUCAUCCGACUGCUUAGUAUAAUGGAGGGAGAAUUGCAGGCCAGGGAAGAUGUGAUCCACAUGCUGAAGACAGAAAAAACCAAACCUGAAGUUUUAGAGGCUCAUUAUGGAUCUGCAGCACCAGAGAAUGUCCUUCGGAUUCUGCACAGAGAUGCCAUCCUAGCCCAGGAAAAGUCCAUAGGAGAAGAUGUGUAUGAGAAACCAAUUUCAGAGCUGGACAGGCUUGAAGAAAAACAAAGAGAAACUUAUCGGCGCAUGUUGGAACAGCUUCUAUUAGCAGAAAAGUGCCACAGGCGCACUGUUUAUGAGCUAGAAAACGAGAAGCACAAGCAUACAGAUUACAUGAACAAAAGUGAUGACUUCACCAACCUCCUGGAGCAGGAACGUGAAAGGUUAAAAAAGCUUCUUGAACAGGAGAAGAUCUAUCAAGCUCGAAAAGAGAAAGAAAAUACCAAGAGGCUCAAUAAACUGAGAGAUGAACUAGUGAAACUCAAGUCAUUUGCCCUCAUGCUGGUAGAUGAAAGACAAAUGCAUAUUGAACAACUUGGUCUGCAAAGUCAGAAGGUACAAGACCUCACACAGAAAUUAAAGGAAGAAGAGGAAAAGUUGAAAGCUAUAACCUCAAAAUCGAAAGAAGAUAGGCAAAAACUGCUUAAGUUAGAAGUGGACUUUGAACAUAAGUCUUCAAGGUUUUCUCAAGAGCAUGAGGAGAUGAACGCUAAAUUGGCUAAUCAGGAAUCACACAACAGACAGCUUCGGCUUAAACUAGUGGGUUUAACUCGAAGAAUUGAGGAACUAGAAGAAACCAACAAGAAUCUUCAGAAAGCUGAGGAAGAACUUCAGGAGCUAAGAGAUAAAAUAGCCAAAGGGGAAUGUGGGAACUCCAGCCUUAUGGUGGAGGUAGAAAACCUCCGGAAGCGUGUGCUGGAAAUGGAGGGCAAAGAUGAAGAGAUCACCAAAACAGAAUCGCAGUGUCGAGAACUGAAGAAGAAGCUUCAAGAAGAAGAACAUCAUAGUAAGGAGCUCAGGCUUGAAGUUGAGAAGUUACAGAAGAGAAUGGCCGAACUGGAGAAGCUGGAAGAAGCUUUUAGCAAGAGCAAAUCAGAAUGCACACAGCUGCAUUUGAAUUUGGAAAAAGAGAAAAACUUAACCAAAGACCUUAUAAAUGAAUUGGAAGUGGUGAAGAGUCGAGUUAAAGACCUUGAAUCUUCAGAAAGUCGAUUAGAAAAGGCUGAAAUGAGUUUAAAGGAUGAUCUAACAAAGUUGAAGUCAUUUACUGUAAUGCUGGUUGAUGAGAGGAAAAAUAUGAUGGAAAAAAUAAAACAAGAAGAAAGAAAAGUGGAUGGGCUCAAUAAAAAUUUUAAGGUGGAGCAAGGGAAGGUUAUGGAUGUGACUGAGAAACUAAUUGAUGAAAGUAAGAAGCUUUUAAAACUUAAGUCUGAAAUGGAGGAAAAGGUAUAUAGCUUGACAAAAGAGAGAGAUGAAUUAAUGGGAAGAUUGAAAAGUGAAGAAGAAAAAUCCUCAGAGCUGAGUUGUAGUGUUGACCGAUUAAAGAAGAGGCUGGAUGGCAUGGAGGAAGUAGAGCGAGAAAUAACCAGAAGCAGAUCCCGUAAAGGACCUGAACUCAGCUGCCCAGAAGAUAACAAGAUUAAAGAAUUAACAUUAGAAAUAGAAAGACUGAAAAAGCGUCUCCAACAAUUAGAAGUAGUUGAAGGAGACUUGAUGAAGACUGAGGAUGAGUAUGAUCAGUUGGAGCAAAAAUUCAAAACCGAGCAGGAUAAGGCUAACUUUCUCUCUCAACAGCUAGAGGAGAUAAAGCACCAGAUUGCAAAAAAUAAGGCAAUUGAAAAAGGUGAGGCUGUGAGUCAAGAAGCUGAGCUGAGACACCGAUUCCGUUUGGAAGAGGCCAAAAGUCGUGACUUGAAGGCUGAAGUACAAGCUCUAAAAGAAAAGAUUCAUGAGUUAAUGAACAAAGAAGACCAGCUUUCUCAGCUACAGGUGGACUACUCAGUUCUUCAGCAAAGGUUUAUGGAAGAAGAAAGCAAGAAUCGAAACAUGGGACAGGAAGUCCUAAAUUUGACAAAAGAAUUAGAGCUCUCUAAGCGUUAUAGCCGAGCUCUAAGGCCAAGUGUGAAUGGAAGGAGGAUGGUAGAUAUUCCUGUGGCGUCUACUGGAGUGCAGACAGAUGCAGUCAGUAGUGAAGCAGCAGAGGAAGAGACGCCAGCUGUAUUUAUAAGAAAAUCCUUUCAAGAGGAAAAUCAUAUUAUGAGCAAUCUGAGGCAGGUGGGGCUAAAGAAGCCCAUGGAGCGUUCAUCUGUACUGGACAGGUAUCCUCCAGCAGCAAAUGAGCUAACAAUGAGAAAAUCUUGGAUCCCAUGGAUGAGAAAAAGAGAAAAUUGUCCCCAAACAACUCCAGAAAAAGGACCUCGAGCCAAUUCUAGUCCAGGACAUCCGGGAGAAGUGGUUCUUUCACCAAAGCAGGGACAACCUCUUCAUAUCCGGGUGACUCCUGAUCAUGAGAAUAGCACAGCUACUUUGGAGAUAACCAGUCCAACAUCUGAAGAAUUUUUUUCUAGCACCACUGUCAUUCCUACAUUAGGAAACCAAAAACCACGGAUCACCAUUAUUCCCUCACCAAAUGUCAUGUCUCAGAAAUCAAAAGGAAAUGACACAACAUUGGGGCCAGAACGAGCCAUGUCCCCUGUCACAAUAACUACAUUCUCAAGAGAGAAGGCCCCUGAUGGUGGCAGGGGAACCUUUAUGGAGAGACCCACAUCCCCCAUUCAGAUAAUGACAGUGUCAACAUCUGCUGCACCAGCAGAAAGCUCUGUAUCUCCAGAAUCAAAAGAAAUGCCCAUAGGAAGGACCAUCUUCAAAGUUACUCCAGAAAAACAGACUGUUCCAACUCCAGUAAGAAAAUUCAACUCUAAUGCCAACAUCAUAACCACGGAGGACAACAAAAUUCACAUUCACUUGGGUUCCCAAUUUAAACGAAACCCUGCGACAUCUGCUGAAGGGGCAAGUCCACUCAUUACAGUUAGACCAGUCAAUGUGACAACUGAAAAGGAGGUUGCCACUGGGACUGUCCUUCGUUCUCCUAGGAACAACCUUUCCUCAAGACCUGGAGCAAGCAAAGUGACAAGCACCAUCACUAUAACACCUGCUACUACAUCCUCCACCAGGGGAACACAGUCAAUGUCAGGACAAGACGGGUCAUCUCAGAGGCCUACACCCACUCGCAUUCCUAUGUCAAAAGAAAGCAUCAUCAUUCAUCAGUUACAGAUGAACUCUAGAUGAAAAACACCACCAAGAAUGUACUUUGUGUGUGCAUCUCCUCUGAACCCCAGUUGGAUGAAUAUUUCUUCUUCAGUCCUUUGCCAUCAUUAUGGUCUUCUAUGCUACUGAUCACUAAUGGAAAUAAUUUACUACUUCCAAUGAAUGUUUGGGAAGGGGGGUAGAAUUUUAAAAGCUUUUAGAUUCCUUGCUAAUCUGGAAAUUGGUAACUAAAACAAUACAGCCUGUCUGACAACUGAAUUUCAUUCUCCUAUUUGCAAAGCUUUCAGGUCCAUGGGCACAUGCUUGUAUUUGUUGUUAUUUGCUAUGUAAUUUAUUUUAAAAGUAUACUUUGUAAUGUAAUUUUUUCAUUUUCAUAGUCAAUGGCACAUGGAAUUGGUGAAUAUAUUAUCAAUUCCUCUAAGUGUUGAUAUUUUGUUUUCAAAAUGAUAAAGAAAUGUAAUCCUUUUUUUCUUUUGAUUGAAUUAGGUUAUUUUUAAGGAAAACAAGAAAUAAUAUUCUGUACAAUUCCCAGGAUGAAUUUGUAGAUAAGACUUAAGCACAAGAUCCUUAGAGAGGACGUAUUUUUUUACAUAGUGCUGUGGUUCUGAAUGUGAUUCAAUACUAACAAAUAAUAGCUAUGGAAUAUGUUCUGAUUUACAAACUUCAUUUAAAAUAUUUUCCAGUAUUUGUGGAAGCUGCUGUUACUUUAAUAUGUUCUUUGCCAAAACCCCAAAUUUUAUGCUAAUCAUACUAGGAAAUGAUACACCAUUGAAAUGUGGGAGCUUAACCUGACAUUAACCCUAUACAUUGUAACUUAAAAGCCAAUAAAGGCAUACCCCACUUAACUUGGUUCUGUGAAAAUAUGAUUUAAGGCAGAGCAACAUUAGAAGGGGGAAAAGAAUGUUACUGGCUGCUGAGGCUUCAAGCACCAGCUUAGGCUAGAUCAUUUCAAACCAACUGAUUUACAUCUCUGGGCAAUGGCUGAACAAUUUUAUAUGAAGGUUUCUCAAUGUUAUGAUUGGGUUUGGUUACAGCACAUAAUUGAUGUUACUGCAAAAUGACAAUGCAGGGCAUGGUUACACAAAAUAUAAACCUGUAGUUUCAUACUGAUAAUUGAAAUGUUUCCCUACUAGCAGUAUGUAGUAAGUAUAGGCAAGUACAGGUUAAAAAAAAAAAAAAGGCACUGUGUGCUGCUAGCCUAGCCUUAGUGAGGUUAGGAUUUUGUUAUACCCUCAGAGCUUAUCAUAUAUGAAAGUUUGAAGAUGAAAAGUGACCAACCAUGAUGAAAAAUAAAUUAGGCACAGUUGCUAUCCACUGAUGGGUUUUGGGUUGAAUAGAUGAUUAUCUUGACAAAUGUUUAUGAACUAUUUUAAAAGUUGAGAGAUGUGAUUUCUAAAGCCAGACAAUAUACCUUACUAAAAUCUUAUUGUCAGAGAUGCUAUUGACUUUAUUUUUAUGUGAAAAUUUGCCCCAAAGUUUACUUGAAGUGAUGACAUUUUUGUUUUUCUUUAACCUUUGUCAAUAGCCCUGUAACAAAACAUAAUUAUCUGGGAGCAAUGUUAAAGGAGAAUGAAUCUGACAAAUUAAAAACUGACAGGACAUAUUUCUAAUUUUAUCUAUAUAUGUUAUGCAAAUAAUAAAAUAUUACAGUUAAAGAAAACUUUAUUUUCAGUACCAGAAGGAUGAUAAAAUCAAUAUAAGUAAAACUGUGAUGAGGUUAUUUCUUAAAUUUUCAAAGCAAGGAGUCCAUAAUAUUAUGAAUUUGAAAGAAGAAUCUCUUGCUAGGUUUAAAGAGGAAUGGGAGAAUUCAGAAAUUCUAUGACAAGGACAGAUUUUCCCUUUAUGAAGAUUUAAAGAGUGAAUAGUUAUGCCUUAUAAAAAACAAGGAAAUCACAUUCAACAUAUAUUAUAUUAUCAGGUGGCCAUGUUUUAUGUUUAAAUAAUUUUGAUUUUCACAAAGAAAAAGGAAUAUUAUACAUUAGUUCUGGUCCAAAUAACUAUGAUAGCAUUGCCAUAACAUAAGAUUUUGGACUGCUGGAUCAAAAAUAAUAUUGUACAUAUGUGGGAGGUUGAUGAUACUGUUAUUAUUGUGAUUUGUUUUCUAAGAAAGUUGAAUCAUAAUGACAUUACAAUUUCAGAAAAACUAUGUAAUGUUAUAUCUGGGGUUUAUGAUUAAGUGUCUUUCUCAGCUGUGUACUUCUGAUACAAAAAUUUGUUCUACAAUGAAAUCUUGCAUUCAAUCAAUUUAAUAGCUCUUCUCCUCUACCUCUAUAUAAUAAAUAUCACAGAUUUGUGAUUGUUUCCAAAUACUAUGGAAUAAUGAUAAAAAGAACAAAAUUUCAAAUAGUUUUCAAACUAUUGACUAUUCACAGAAAUGCGAUAGGCAAUCUAUCAUAUUUUUACCUAAAAUAAUUGUUUUCCUAUUAUAUUUGGAAAGCACUACAUUAUCUCAAAACAAGAAAGGUUGAGAAUAAUGGCUAUAAUCAGCGAUAAUUUAGUUGAGGUUUAUGUUUCUAUCCAUUUUAUGAUGAAAGAUUCUAUAUCCCAAAUUGGAAUCUGAAAGCAAGAGAAUUGACCUUGACAUAUUAAUUUAAAAAUUGAUUUUGUGUAAGAAGGUACAGCAUUAACAAAGAUGAGAAAGCUUUAUACAAUGAAAUGUAUAACAGUAGGAUCCAUAUUUAUGAGAUUAUAGAUUUAGAGCUAGAAGGAGUCCUUGAAGCCAUCCAGUCCAAUGUAUUCAGCAUGAAACCAAACAAGUUCACAAAUAUAUCAACCUAUAACACCUUCCUUUAGUAUCCAGGUUAUCUUUGCACAAUCCCUUUUCCCACCUCUAUCCCUAUAUCUGAUAAUAUGAAUAGUGCCUUUUGCUAGAAUAAUCUUUCUAGAAUGCCCCAGGUAAGUUCUGAAUCAUGAUUAUUCACCAGGCUAUCUAUGUUUAUUCUUAUUACAAUGGCUCCAGAAACUUCAGUCAUUAAUUGCUGGCAUAGAUAGGACAUUAGCAGUUCAAGUUGUUACUGUUAUCAAAAUUGUUAUUGUCUCAUUCUGUGUUUGUAGCAACUACAACAGGGCAGGUGAUGUGCUGAAAAGUUGUGCUAACAGGUAAAAACUUGAAAUUCUCAACUGUGGCAGGAAUAAAGAUAGGAGGAUGACUGGCAAUAGAGGGAAAAUAAGUUAAGUCUCCUUAUGAAUAUGUGUGCCUCAGUCUGUAAGUGUCAGAGGCUCACAAAAUGUUAGUAUCUGUUAUAAGAACUCCAUCGUAAUCAUUAUUAUACUAGAUAUUAAUCCUUUAAAAAUUGAAUGCUCUCCCAAUGGAAUUAUACCAAACUUUUCAGUUCACAUUACCAGAGGCUUUUUUCUUAACGAUGAAACAUGGCUGAAUCAAUCUACUGUUGUACUUAAUUCACUAUAUAAGAUAUUACAGAAAGAAAAUAUCCUGAAAUAAUUCCCUAUGCUGUCCCCCAAUAUAUUGAUAAAAUAUUUAUUUUUAUGACAUUAGUAAAUAUAACAAAUAAAUCAAAUUUCAGAAUGAUAGCCCUAAUUACCCAUAUGUGAAGAAUUUAUAACAGGACUUAGUUUAAGAAAAUUAUCAAUUUGAAAGAAACAUUAACCUGAAUUGAUUAUGCAACAUAAUAUCUUAAGCAUAAGUAGAAAAACCUUGAUCUGAAAAGAAUUUCAUAACCACCUAAAAGUACUAUGUUUACAAAUCAAAGAAAGAAAAUUACAAAAAGAAAAAAAUAUAACAAACCCAUAAAAUAGGGGAUUUGGAGAAAUUAAUCUUGUUUUUUAGACCUUUGAUAUUUGUAUUUUCCAAAUUCCAAAGCACUUAGCCUAUAACUCUGUGAUUUCAUGAAAACUAUUUUAUUUUAUUUUUUACUUAGAAAAAAUACUAUAGGUUCAUUCAUUUUGAACUGAAACAUUCAAGGUGUCAUAACAUGCUACGUUUAUUCUCCAGUGUUAUUUCUUUUAUUUUAUUUGGGAAUUUUAUCUUAUUAUUUGUGGAUUUGAUUUUUCAGCACUGCAGUUUUAUAGUCUAUAUUUUGGUUUAAAGAAUUUAAGCUAGAUUCUUCCACACAAAGAAGCUUACAAUAUGAUCAAAUAUGUUAUCAGAAUUUGUGGAGAUUUAAUGUAUUAUCAGAAAAAAAAUACAUCUGAAAACAGUUGGAAGUACACUUUAUUUCCCUAAUACUUGUAACAGAGUGUACUCUUAAUAUUGCCUCCUUUGAAUUGUAUUGAGAGAAUUGUAAUAAUUAAUUAUUUUCAAAUGAAACCUAUUAAAUUGUGCAUAUACCUAUGUUUUAUAUGAAUGCAAUAUCCUGCCUUAAAUUUUUCACUGACUAUUGAAUUCAUUUAACUAAUUAAGACAUUUGGAGGUUUAGUUCUACAAUUAACAGUAGCAAUCAAAACCUUACCAGUGUGGGAAAAAUAAGGUUUGUAAAACAAAUGCAUUGUGCAAUAUUCCUUUUGAGUUGAAACAAACCAUAGAAAAUAAAACCAUGUUUUAAGUGA